AUGCUAUCCAAGUCGGCACUUCCUCUGCUGAUAGCAGCAGUUUCAGCGCAACAGGCUUGCUAUCGUCUUGAUGGUUCCGAAGCGAGCCCAGAAUUCGCACCUUGUAACCCAAACGCAGAGGUCAGCGCCUGCUGCCAUCUCAAUAAAGACGUGUCGGAUAUUUGCUUGAGCUCUGGUCUCUGCCUCUCGCAGCAGCCUGGGUACGAAGGGCUGAUAUAUUCAAACGGCUGCACAGACAAGACGGGCAAAGACUCUGCCUGUCCCCAGCCAUUUACUGCGUACAAUGUUCUUCCAUGUGCCCUUGGAAGGCAGUUCUUUUGCCGUGCCUUUGGAGAUAACAAUAAUUGCUGCGGUGACAUCGUAACAGUCGCAAUAGGGUCAGUCGUGACAGCUGCAUCGGCAACGCUGGCUUCUACCGCAAUGACGACCGGGGGGGCCAUUAGUGGAACUAUCUCAACAACCAAACCGACGACAAUAUCUUGGGCCAACUCUACGGAUGCUAAUACCCUUGAUACAUGUCCUAAAGACAACUCUGUGGUUAUCGGGGGUGCUGUGGGAGGGGCUCUCGGUGCCAUUCUUGUGGGUUCACUA